UAUAUUCUACUGCAAAAAAGGUGUUACAAAUUAUUUAACAGUCUGGAAAAGCUGCCCUUGACAUAAAAUUUCUUAUAUAAACUUGUGUUUCAUAAGGGUUUUAGUUUGAACUUGACCGCAAAAGUCAGACCAUGUCGCCUUGGAGAUUGUAAACAGAUCUAAACACGCACCUGUUUUAAUCCUGUCAUUAAACGCUUUAUUCUGUUUAUUCUUUUCAAAACCAAUGAGCGUUCAGUUUGACUCGGAGUAACAGUAGUAUCCGUUUCACUUCCGUGAAAUUUUAGAAUAUUCCUGCAGUUAUCACGGAAAAAUGGGUAAAGGUGGCAAAAAAGUAGAAAAUGGAAGUGAACAGACUUCUGUUAAAAGUUUCACAUGGGAAGAAAUAAAAACUCACAAUAAAAGGACGGACAGCUGGAUUGUUCUUGACGGAAAGGUGUACAACGUGACAAACUUCAUGAAAAAACAUCCCGGCGGUGCAAGAGUAUUAUCAAGUUACGGCGGUCAAGAUGCAACGGAUGUAUGGACUGCCAUGCAUAAUGACAAAGAUUUUGUCGGUAAAUACUUGAAGCCAUUAUACAUCGGAGAAGUUCAGGAUUACAAUGCAUAUGACUAUUACAAUCAUGUUUUGUGUGUGCGUAUUUUAGGCACAGGCUGGUUGGUUACAAAUGACUUUGGACAUUUAUCAGUUUUCAAACCAGUAGAAAAAAAGAACCAUAUUGCCCAUCAUCUUAUCAUUGGUCAUUUGAAGGGCGCUUCAUCUCAUUGGUGGAAUUUCAGACAUUUUCUGCAUCAUGCCAAACCUAAUAUCAUAAAGGUGGACCCCGACGUAGAGGUGGCAAACCUCUUCUUACUGGGAGAAACAUUACCAAAACUGUUCGGACAGAAGAAACGUGGAUUCAUGCCAUACAAUUUUCAGCAUAUUUAUUUCUUUUUAUUGACGCCAUUACUACUGCCCACAUAUUUUGUUUACGAGAACUUGUAUUUUGUUGUGAAAAGGAGAGACUACUGGGACCUUUUCUUCACACUAACAUUUUUCUAUAGACUGUUUGCUACGCUAGGGCCAAUACUAGGAGUGUGGGGUUGUAUCGCACUGUUUCUUGUUGAAAGGUGCAUUGAAAGUCACUGGUUUGUAUGGUGUACUCAGAUGUCCCACAUACCAAAUGAAGUAGAGUUUGAUGGGUCAAAAGACUGGUUUAGAUUACAGCUCGACUCAACAUGUAAUGUUGCAUCAAGCUUUUUCAAUGACUGGUUCUCAGGACAUUUGAAUUAUCAGAUUGAGCACCACUUGUGGCCAAUGAUGCCAAGACACAACUUCAGCAAGAUUGCACCUCUGGUGAAGUCACUGUGUAAGAAACAUAAUGUUGAAUACAGAUGUAAACCCUCGUUGAAGAAUGCCUUUGGUGAUGUGGUCAGAUCUUUAGACCAUUCUGGUGAGAUUUGGUACAACGCUUAUUACGAGGGGCUGCACUAAACUCUUCACCUUUCACUGCUGUAGAUGAUCUCCGUUCCAGAAAAAAAAGAAUUGUCUUUUCUGAUUUGAAAUUAAACUUGUGCAAAUGAUCAUGAUUUGACAAAGAUUGCCUAGAAAUCCUGAAUAUCCUGAGUGUUAUUACAUGUUUUCAAUGGACUUCUGGCCUAUAAAGAAAAUCUUUUUUCUUAUUUAUAAACACUGACUGUGACACACAGGUUUGUCUGUAUUGUGUGUGUUUAUAUGAGUAAUAUAAAUCACACGUGACAUAUUUUUAGGGUGCCAGGAUGCAGCAUGUUUUUUGUUACUAUGCAAUAACAACAUACACGUGUGUCUACAGUGUAUGUUUAAUGUAUAAAAUACUCUUCUUAGAUUGCUCAAACAUCCUGGAACAUGUUUUGUGAAGAAAAUGAACUUUUGUGGAUUAGAAAAAACAACAUUUUUUUAAUGCAACAAACUGUUUGUAAGGUUAUUUCCAUAUGAAGUUUGUGAUAUUUUCUCAAAAAUUGUGCUUUCAUAAUUGAGAAGAGACUGGAACAAAUGGAAACAAUGGUCGAUUUU